GAAACGGCAUCGCAAGCUUUAGAGCCGGUGUGCAAUUUCUCAGAAGCCACCGCACACCAAAAGUUUCACAUAAUAUUUCGUGAUGGAUUCAGCGAUGAGGCUCUCUCAAAUGCUAUUAUGCUCUCCCUAACAUUCGCUGCAAAUGAAUAUCACUUCACGCAGGAAUGGCCCAGUUUUAAAAAUACAACAAUUAGGCAUAUCAAUCAGAAAAUAGGGUCUUCCCUUGAUCCUCCAGCUGUUUCGCAAAUGAUAGGAGCCAUAUUACUCUUAAUAGGAGUAGAGUGGCGACUGGGGAACAAACCACGAGUAGAGAUGCACUUGGCUGGUGUCAUGCAACUGCUAAACUUCUGCGACUCCAAGCUAAUCCAUCUUCAUGAUGGCAUCAAACAUGCAAUAUUCUGGCAAGAUCUGAACGCGGCUUGGAUCAUAGGUUCCGAGCGCAGAUUCUCCCAUGAUAUUUUCCCAGAGCUUCACUGGGGGCGCAAUCCAUUUCUAUCGUUUGUAUAUACCCUACCGCCGGGAUUCGAGCCACUGAGACAUGUGUUUGGGAGUGACUUGGUCAAGACCAUCGAAGACAUCUAUGCUUUGCAGCAUUACAGAGAAUUAUCGAACAUAGACCUCGAUGACUCAGCUUCCCUUCUCCACUUGGAUAAUCAUCAAGCAUGGAUAGAGUCUCGACUUUACUCUCAUUUCGUAGCGGCAGACGAGAUCAAUGGAGUAUUAGUAGGCUGUAUACUUGCACUAUAUCUCUGCGCUUAUAUGCUGUUUUCGGAGGUAUGGACAGGCCACUUCAUUCCAUCGCACAUAUCUUCAAACCUACUACGUGUCUUACGGGAUGCGAAGAAGAGUAUUUUAUGGGAAGCCAACAGAGAUGCAAUGCUGUGGUGUACGAUAGUGGGUGGCACAUUCGCCCAGCUAGGCGUGACAAGAUCCGAGUACAUAUUGCUACUUCACCAGUCUGCAUAUGGCACGCUCCCCUCCGCAUGGAAAGAAACGGAAAAAUUUUUAGGGAAGUUUUUAUGGUCUAAAAAAGUCUUCUACGGUCCAGGAAAAGCCUUCUGGGAUGCAUACUCGUUAAAUUGA